GAUAUACGGUACGCGCAAGUAUUCCCUCGCGCUGCUGUUACCAUUCACUGGGGUGAGCCCGACGUUUUGGCUGAAGAGCUCAUGGCUGGUAAGCCCGUCGCCGUCUGUGGUUCGCAUCCGUCGCAGCUCUUCACCGCCCGCUUGUGCCAGCGACUUGGCGUGGGAAUCCCGCCGAUAGAUCCGACAACUUGCACAGUCGAGUCACUGCUGUCAAGCUUGGAACAACUACUCCAACCAGCUAUUCAAGACCACGCGCACUGCCUGACGCGUUCGUUCGAGCCGGACAGGGAGGCCAAUGUCGCUGUGGAUUCCUUCUAUUCCCAUCUGCCGCUGGAAGCGAUGGUGUGCGACGUCGAUCCAAGAAAACUCGCUCGCGUCUUCGACUCGCAGCACAUCAUGAAGCUGUCACUCGAAGCUUAUUUGGCAGUGGAACCGGUUCGGGACGAGAGUAAAGGCUUCGUGCCUUACAAGCCGCUGCAGUACGAUGGUUUCCGUCCACCGCAGUUCUCGAUUCGCGGCAACCCUGGCGAGACUCCACGCGACGUGAAGCCAUCUCGUAACUUGGAAGCCGUUGAAAUGGCUCUCGAGGUGCUCAACGCGCAGGAUGAGCGUCGCUCGAGUGAUUGUUCUGGUCGUUGA